CCGGGACCGGCGGUGCCGCGUCAGGACCGCCGAAAGGAGAAGCCAGUGUGCUCGCCCGGAAUCCGACCAUGUUCUGAGGGACGUCUCCAGGACUCAGCUUGGAGCCAUAUACCGCAAGUGUGCGUGAAGAAACUGCCCUCCUCCCGUCCUGUGUGAAGCUCUUGAAUCAUGGCAAGUCCAAGAACAAGGAAAGUUCUGAAAGAAGUCAGAGCGCAAGAUGAGAACAAUGUCUGUUUUGAAUGUGGUGCAUUUAACCCCCAGUGGGUGAGUGUGACCUAUGGAAUUUGGAUCUGUCUUGAGUGCUCAGGAAAACACCGAGGCUUGGGAGUUCACCUCAGUUUUGUACGUUCUGUAACCAUGGACAAAUGGAAGGAUAUUGAGCUGGAGAAAAUGAAGGCUGGAGGUAAUAGUAAAUUUCGAGAGUUCUUGGAGUCUCAAGAUGACUAUGAUCCCUGCUGGUCAAUGCAAGAGAAGUACAACAGCAAAGCUGCAGCUCUUUUUAGAGAUCAGGUAGCUACAGUAGCUGAAGGCAAGGAGUGGUCCAUUGAAACUUCUCCUGCCAGGAACUGGACCCCACCUCAGCCUAAAAUGUCUCUCUCUUCCACUCAUCGUUCUGCUGGACAAUCUCAGACUGCAACUGCCUCUUCUGACAAGGCUUUUGAAGACUGGUUAAAUGACGAUAUUGGCUCCUACCAGGGUGGGCAAGAGAAUCGCUAUGUGGGGUUUGGAAACACAGUAAACCCUCCGAAAAAAGAGGAUGACUUCCUGAAUAAUGCUAUGUCUUCAUUGUACUCGGGAUGGAGCAGUUUUACGACUGGAGCAAGCAAGAUUGCCUCAGCUGCUAAAGAGGGUGCUACCAGAUUUGGAUCUCAAGCAAGUCAAAAGUUUUGGGGCUACAAGCAGCAGCCAGAGCCGGCAUCAGAGUUAGGUCAGACAUUAAAUGAAAAUGUUCUCAAACCUGCACAGGAAAAGGUGAAAGAAGGGAAAAUAUUUGAGGAGGUCACCGUGGGGGUAUCACAGUUGGCCAGCAAGGGAGUUGGAAGUAAGGGAUGGCGAGACGUCACCACUUUUUUUUCUGGCAAACCAGAUGAUAAUUCUGAAAGACCAGCUGAGGGAGACAGCUACCAGAACAGUGGAGGGGAGGGCUACCAGAACAAUGCUGUAGAUCAAAGCUUCUGGGAGACCUUUGGCAACUCAGAUCCACCAAAAGCUCAUAAAUCUCCAAGCAGUGAGAGCUGGACCUAUGUGGACAAUUCCACAGAGAAGAAGAGUUCCGAUAGCUGGGACGUGUGGGGCUCGGGAACAGUCUCCAACAACAAGAACAGUAACAGCGACAGUUGGGAAAAUUGGGAGACCAACUGGGAAAACACAGGAGGGGAGAGCAAGACCAAAAAACCUCCUAAGGCAACAAAAAAGGCAUCUUCAGCUGAUGAUGGGUGGGAUAACCAGAACUGGUAGAACUCUGUUAACCCUGUUUUGAACAGCUAGGAAAGGGAGGCUAUGCUGGCUGGUUGAGGGGAGAAAGUUUUACACGCAACUGGAGUAUCUUGGUUGACCUUACUGAUCUGUUACUUUUGUGCUUCCCAUUCGUUCUCCUUUCUUCUACCCUGGUUUAGGAAAAAAAAGUAGCAUCUGAAUCUUUUAUUACAUAAAGGUGUCUCUCCCUUUUUUAAGGAUAGUGUUAACUGUCUUUUCCUUGCACUACUGAAGCUGGGUACAGUGACUUUCUUAACACGAAUGUUCAAAGGAAAAAAAUCAGUGCAAGCACACUUUCAUGGCACAACCUUGCAUGUGUAGGUAUUCAUCCAGGCCUCAUAUAAUUUGAGGUGACCUGAGGUGUUUAAUGCAAACAAAGGACAGGUGUGUCUUGAAAAGAUAGCCAUUAAAUAAGCAAAAUGCAGUUGAAUAGAGCUAGUUCAAAUGCCUUAUGGAUUGCUCUGACCAUAUUAAGUCUGGCAAUUCAAGAUGGUCUUUAAGAUACUUUCUACUGGAGCUUUGUUUUUAAACUUUAUGAGGUUUUUUUUAGUCUUUUAAAACUUAUUUUCUCCCCUUAGAAUGAAUAAGGAAUCUAGAGCUAGGUAAUUAUCUGUGUAAACGCAUAGUUUUGACCUGAGCUAUCAAAGGAUAUCCAGAAUGGCUCUCCUUGCCCUUCUUGCUCAAUGUGUUGAGUUUGCACAGUGCAGACAAAAUGCAAAGCUGUGGUGUUCUCCUUCCUUACCUACUCCCUUCCCAUAGUUUGAGUAUUUUAUAUAGUCUGUUUUAUCUCUGUCUUUCUUCCAUCUACGCAUCUAUUUUAUCUAUUCCGAUAAAAAUGAAACCUUUCUGCUGCUUAUGGCCUUUUGGACAUCUGUUUGGCAACUUGGCAGUGAAACAAAUUUAUAAAAAAAGAUUCCAGUAAGAAAACAAUGGGUGGAAAAUAUGAGAACAUUGAGGAGAGAGGCUGGCAGCAAGCCCCUUUCAAGAUGAGUGGAUGUCUGGAUUUAAUAGUGAAAUUUAAAUUAAGCAGAUGUUUUCCAAAUUAAUCUUUAAUAUGUCAAACUGUAUCUCUGUUUCUAUCAUGGAUUUCUCUACAUUUUCUUCCUGGACCUUGUUAAAGAAACAUUAUUUUGGAAACUUUAGUCUAAACUCCUUGUCAGCAUUAAGAAAUGGAAUAGAAGAUUCAGUUCUGUCUCAGUUUUGACCCAACAAAUUGCUUUGCAUGACACAAACCAUAACUUCUACAGAAGAAUUGAGAUUUUAACGACAAAGGUGUCCUGUGUAUCCCAUUUUAUUUUUGCGGGUGGGUUGUAAAUGUACACUCAGCCCCAAAACAAUCAGCUUGCUUGAAAACUUCAAAACAUGAUGUCAUUGCGUAGUCUGCUUUACUACCAGCAUGGAGUUCUUUACUGUGGACCCUGUAAAUCUUAAUACAUACCUCAAAAGCCUUUUCAUUUUAAAAUUAGUUAAUUUGUUCAAGCAAGUAAGCAACCAGCCUAAGUUGUCAGAGUUACCUUAAAUAAUGCUUCAUUUCUUUUUCCCUUCACAGAGGUUUUUGAGCUUAUAGUAAUAUCAAGAGGUUAAAAAGGAAGGAAAAUCAUGAAUCACCUCAAAAGUAGCAGAUUUUAAAGACUUAAGUCUAAGUAGAAGUAGCUCUAUUUAUAGCCUGAUUCUGUAUUUCUAUUAGUAGGAUCUUUCAGAUGGUGAACAAAAUAUUUUUCUAGUCUUCUCUAGCCCUGUCCCGCAAGAGUUGGGAUUUCUUUUUUUCCCCCCUCGCUUCUCCUGAUGGCGUGGUCUCUGCAGCUCGCGCAGCAGGACCCGGUGCUGCUCACAACCCAAGCACUACUCUAGGCUGAGCCAUGCAAGGUGCCCGAGGCAUUCUUGCUGACAUGCUGACCCUUUGGAAGUGCCGAAGGCACGAGAGAUCUUGGUUUACAAUGCUGCUUGUGGUACCAUUGGCAGACGUUUUACAGUUGACUGUAAAACAAGGAUUUUGUUCUGCUUUUUCUCCAGUUCCAAAUAUACCUUUGUCAUAGCUUAAUUGCAUGUCAAACGUAACAUUGUAUUUUUAUGCAUACACCUCUGUUGCCUACUUGUCAUUUGUCUGCUGCCCAGUACGAAACUGUAAUGCAUGUACUUCAAAGGCGGUGCUGUGUAAUGUAUGUGAAGUGGCACUGCCCAGUCCUUGACUAACGGUUAGUCUUUGUGAAGUGUUGCAGUAGCGGUGGUGGCAAAAUGCAUCCGAUGGGUUGCACUGUCUGACUGCUGGUGUCUGUCUGGAGUGAUGUGAAGCUGAUUCAGCUUCCUGUGUACAAAUUUAUUACAGUUUCUCUUUCAUAAACGUCCUGAAAUAGCUCGUAGCAGGGUAAGCUUUAUUUCAGUCCAUUCAAUCAACGGUAUUGUGAUGCGUAUGCGUACAUUCUCCUCAGCUGUGUGGCUUGCCUAGGAGAAAGCUGGUUUAUUUAUGUGUCACUUGCAGCUAUGAUUGGCAUGAGCCAUUUGUUUGUUCUUUUGGUUUUAUUUUUGUAUCUCUUGAAACUUUAUGUUCUAAAUUAAACUAAACAGCCAGAGCCCUACUCAGGCAGAAGCUUUGGGUAACUAUUUUUCUUCCAGUUGAGGAGCCAGUGAGAGAACAGUUGCCGUCUCGCUUUUUGCACCGCUGUAGAGGUGCGACAAAAUGCUAAACUCCCGGAAAGGUGUUACCGGAAGAUAAUAAAAACCAAUAGAAUGGCAGAAAGUGUAACUGCAGCCACAAAACUAGUAUAGCAACUGGUCUCAGUUUGAGAGGCAAAUUGGUAUUUUUUUUAUGACUUGUCUGAAUCUGAACGUUUUACCAUGUCUUCCAGAGGAGAGGAUGAAAUGAGGGCAUUUUCUUUUGCAAAGCCUCUGUUUUAUUGGAUUUUACUUUUUAGAGUAGGUGGCUGGGAAGUUUCUGCAAUUUGGAGAAAUGCAUCCAAACAAGUCGCAUGUGUGAAGCGAGUGUUUAUGAAUUAGAUGUUUUUUUUAAUCCCCUCUCCUCUCCCCUAAUCCUCUUUUUUUGGCCUGAUGGUGAACACUGUAAACAGAGGCGUUGAGUGCAGCCUGCUGGAGCUGAGGCCACCUAUCUAAGUGAAGAUGCGGCCGGGAAUCUGAGUGAGCACGUGGUUUGGCAAGGCUUUAGUGUCACUGUGUGCUUCACCUGUCUGGUGGAUGAAGAGGGCUCCACUUUCCUUUCAAUCCCAUGCCGUGUAUUAACAAUUUUAAGUCAUACAAGCAAAUUGCCAGGAGAGAGCACAGAAGGUGAAAUGACUACUGCAACCAUUGGACAUUGCAGUGUUUGGUUUAAAUUUCCUAGUGUUUCGAGCUGGUUUAUUCCUUUGUAUGGCUUCAACUUUGGAAAAUACAGAGCAGCUGGAUUCCUACAGGUAGUCUGAAAUAAGAAAAACUUCAAGACAUUAAAACUAAGUGCCACUUGCAAAAGAGUGAAAGUCUUAGAGGAUGUUUCUGAACCAGGAAACCUAAUCCUAGGUGUCAGGGAUUAUUUUAAGAUGUUUCAUUUGUGUCUUGAAACCUGAUAAUAAUUAUAGCAUUUCAAGAAGUGCUUGGCCAGCUCUCCCUCAUAGUUGAGACCUCAAGGAUAAUGCUGCUGCUUUUAUUUUCCAGGCCAGACUGUGUAACAUUCCAUGGGUUCAUAAUGUAUUUAUCAGUGUAAUGAUCUGUGCAAUAAUUUAACAGCUGUAGGUAAAACCUUUGUUUAAUCCAGGGAACGUUUAAAGAUACAGUGGUCCUCUUGGAGAAUAGCAGUCUACCAAUGUAUUUCAGUUCUCACCCUACUUCGGCAAUAGCAAAUUUCAGUAACCCUGUUAAGAAAGGCUUGAGCAAUCAGUGAUUUAAACAGAAAUCAAGA